AUGUUGUCUUUGUAUCAAGCGACACGUGAGGCAGUAGUACGCCAGGCCAUUCCGGGCCAAAAAUCGUUUAUCGUCUUGGGGAGAAUUGCGGGCGCAGUAUGGCCUUUUCAAGUGCAUUCAAAGCGGCUCCUCUCUGCAACACCUGGUUCUGGGGGCAAGGAAAGUCCCGGUGAGGGUCUUGAGAGCGGUACAGAUCACGACAAUCUGACCCAGAGAUUCCAGUUCCCAGAUCCCACGGAUCCGCACCAACAUCCCUUGGCUUCGAUGAUGUUGGAAGAUGUUGAAGAAAGACGAGAAUACUUGAAAAAGGUGAACAGCACCAAUAAGCCACCUGUCUACAAACGAAAGGUGAAUGAGAACGGGGAGGCGUAUGCGAUCGGAAGCAGAAAGAGAAGUAAAGCUAAAGUUUGGCUUCGACCGGGGACGGGAGACAUUGUCGUGAAUGGUCGUUCGUGGGUUGAUUACUUUCGACGGCUCGACCAGCGGGAUAAAAUUUUGAAACCAUUCGGACUGUUGCGACUGACAGGAAGCAUGGAUGUCACGUGUGAAGUGAAGGGUGGUGGCACCACCGGGCAAGCCGAAGCAUUCCGUCAUGCACUGGCCAGAGCUUUGCAGAACUGGAACCCAGAAUAUCGACCAACAAUGAAGGAAAACGGCUUUCUCACGCGAGAUAGUCGAGAAGUCGAGCCCAAGAAGUACGGCAGGAAGAAGGCCCGCAAGUCUUUCCAAUGGGUUAAGAGAUAG